AGAUAGAAGUAAACAAAUAUCGGAUACUAUUAGAAAAAUGCUUGAACAAAUAUUUCUACAAGGAAAUAUUUACAUGAAAGAUCAGAUGACAACUAGUGAGAUGCAUAAAAGGUUGAAAGAGUUUGCAAAUAAUGGUAAGUUAGAACAAGAUGAAGUGCCAAAAAUCACAACAAUUCAAGGAUAG